UAAGUUUAAGGGCAUUUCUCUAAACUUACAAGUUCAGAGAAGCUUUUUCCAACUCAGCUCAAAGUUCAGGGUGUCUUAGAUUAAACUCCCCAUUAGUAUAAGCUUUUUGCAAAGUUCAGGGGGGUUGUCAAAUUUACUCAUGUUAAACUGCCCCCUUCUCUUCCCGCCAACCUACCGUAAAUUCAUAAAUGAAUCGCCUCCUCUUCCUCCGCCAUUACCACGCUCCCUCCAAAAUUACCGAAAUACCCUCAAACCCCAUCCUCCAUUACGCCUCUCUCCUCCAAACGCUAACCAAAACCCCAACGCCCUCCUCCUUGUAUCUUGGCAUCGCCGUCCACUCCCAAAUCCUCAAACUCGGCCUGGACUCUGACCGCUUCGUCUCCAACACCCUCCUCUCCUUCUACUCCUCUCUCUCCCCCGACCUCUCCCUCGCUCGCCGCCUCUUUGAUCAUCUCCCCAUCAGAGACGUCGUCUCCUUCACCUCGCUUGUUGUAGCCCACUUACGCCGAAACCAACCCCAACAUGCCCUCCGACUGUUUGCUCAAAUGCCCCACUCAAACGUUCAACCCAAUGCAUUCACUCUCUCUGCGGCAAUCAAUGCGUGCAAAAACCUUGGCGACGUUAAGCUUGGAAAAUCCAUACAUGGGUUAGUCUUCAUUCGUGGGCUUGACUCAAACUUUGUGAUUGUUAGCUCAUUAAUCGACAUGUACGGUAGAAAUGAUGCAUUGGACGAUGCGAAUAAGGUGUUUGAUGAAAUGGGUCAGUUGCAUUUUGACCCAGUUUGUUGGACCACGAUGAUAUCGGUUUGUACGAGAAAUGAUCAGUGGAAUGAGGCGGUGUCGUUGUUUUAUUCAAUGGUGAGGAAUGGAGGUGGGGUUUUGGUUGAUGGGUUUAUGUUUGGGAGUUUGUUUACGGCGUUGGGGAAUUUGGGGAAGGAGAGGGUAAAACAAGGAAAGGAGGCACAUUCAAAGGUUGUUACUAGCGGGCUCGAAGGGAAUGUUGUAGUUGAGAGUAGUGUUGUCGAUAUGUACGCAAAAUGUGGGCUUGUUGGUGAUUCUAGAAAAGUGUUCGAUAGAAUGACAGUGAAAAAUGUGAUUUCUUGGUGUGCAUUGUUGAGUGGCUAUUGUCAGAACGGUGAAUAUGAAUCUGUAAUUCGGUUGUUUCGGGAGAUGGAUAAGGAGAGUGAUGGUGAUCAUUACAGUUUUGGCACUGUACUUCGUGCUUGCGCUGCCCUAGCUGCCGUCAGGCAUGGCAUGGAGCUCCAUUGUCGGUUCCUUAGGACCGGAGGAUGGAGGAAUGUAAUCGUAGAGUCUGCUCUUGUUGAUUUAUAUGCAAAAUGUGGAAAUAUAAACUUUGCAUAUAGAGUAUUCUCUAACAUUUCAACGAGGAAUUUGAUAACAUGGAAUGCGAUGAUUUCUGGCCUGGCUCAGAACGGGCGAGCAAUGAAAGCAAUAGAGACGUUUGAUAAGAUGAUCACAGAAGGAUCAAAGCCCGAUUACAUAAGUUUCAUAGGCGUCCUCUUCGCGUGUAGCCACACUGGCAUGGUGAAUGAGGGCAAGAAAUAUUUCCAGUCGAUGAGAGAAGACUACAAGAUAAAGCCAGGGAUCGAGCACUAUAGUUGUAUGGUCGAUCUUUUGAGCCGUGGUGGAUUGCUCGAAGAGGCUGAGGAGUUGAUAGAGGCGUCUGAUAUCUAUAGAGAGGAUUCGUCGUUGUGGGCAGCGCUAUUGGGUGCUUGUGCGACGCAUUUGAGCCCUGAUGUGGCUGAGAGAGUGGCAAAGAGGAUGAUGGAGUUGGAGCCGAGGUAUCAUUUGAGCUAUGUUUUGCUUUCGAAUGUGUAUAAGAUGGUAGGCCGAUGGAGCGAGGCCGUGGAGGUGAGGAGAUUGAUGAGGUUGAGGGGAGCAAAGAAGGAGCUCGGUAAGAGCUGGAUUGAGGCUGGCUCUGUUAGUAGAGAAUGGCAAAGAUUUGAGGAUUUGAAUUUUGAGAGGGAAGCUUCAACUCCUCACUAGGGUUUGCGGAUUUUGGUGUCUGAGACAGUUGAAUCGGACCCGAGUGUGAUUGUGACAGCUGGUACGUUAUUGAAUUUUUUUGUUUA